AUGUUUAACAAUGUUAUUUUAGAUGAAGAAGAUCAUCUUUCAGUAGAACAUCAGGUUGAUUACUAAAGAAUCCAAAUGGCUAGAAUCUUUCAAAAAGAUUAACUCCAUCAUAAAUUUGAAAGCGAAGAAUAAACAUGUUUCUCUCAUUAUAAAUUUUACCCUUAAAAUUAUAUCUCCAUAAUCUAUAUUUAUUAAAGCAAAUAAUCGAUUUAAGAUUAAAAAUUGCACAAAUUCUCAUUUUAUUGUCCCAGAAAAACUACAUACACAGAGGUUUAAUCUCUCAUAUCAUCAAUUUUUAAAGUUCUAAUAUCAUCAGGUUCAUCAUUAGAAAGUCCUUAAAAGCCAUCUCUAAGAUAUCAAAAAAGGGGUGGAAGUAUACCACGUUAUAUAAAUAGAGUCAAGGAAUUCUUCAGUUCCUUCAUUUACCUCAUUCAGUCAAUGA